GCAUCCCGGCGCAUCCCGCGGGCCGCGCUGGAGCCGCCGCCCGCCGGCGGCUCUGCUCUGCCUCGUGAUCCCAUUCCCUGCGCUCGAAUCCCGCUCGGCGCUCCCGGCUGGCGCUGGGUUUGCGCUGGCGGAGGCAGGACCCUCCCGCAGCGGGCGGGGCGGCUCCCCCGGCGAGGAGAAGUGCGGGAGGAGGAGACGGGGACAGAGCCGGAGCGAGGACCAGUGCGAGGAACGGAACAAACGGGGGAGCGCCAGUAUGAAAUUCAUCUCUGCCUAUUAUUUGCUGCCUCUCUUUGCUGCGCUGGUCUUCGGCACUAGACAGGGCUAUGAAGAACUGGAAAGGCAGCUGAAAGAAGUCUUCAAGGAAAGGAGCAACAUACUCCACCAACUGUUAAAGACUUCUAAAGAACUUCAGGGAAUUAAAGUAAACCUUCAGUCUUUGAAAAACGACGAAGCAUCAACCAAAAGUGACGUACAGAAACUCCUAGAACUGGGAAUAAAGCAAAGGGAAGAAAUGAAAUCUCUCCAGGAAGCCUUUCAAAAGCAGCUUAAAGAGGCAACAGAGAAAGCAGAGAAGCAGCAGGCUACCAUUAACUUUUUGAAGACUGAAAUGGAAAGGAAGAGUAAAAUGAUCCGAGACCUCCAAAACGAGAACAAAAGCCUCAAAACCAAGCUCUUGUCAGGAAACAAGCUUUGUGGCAUUCAUGCAGAGGAGUCAAAAAAGAUCCAAGCCCAGCUGAAAGAGCUUCGUUAUGGGAAAAAGGAUUUGAUUUUUAAGGCACAGCAGCUAACAGAUCUGGAGCAAAAACUAGCAGUUGCAAAAGAUGAACUGGAAAAAGCAGCCCUUGACAAAGAGUCCCAGCUGAAAGCUCUGAAGGACACUGUGCAGCUCUGCCUGUCUUCUGUUCUGCACAAUCAACCCCUCCCUAUAAAUCUAAUCCCUUCACAACCAAGUGAGAAGCAGAAUUCCCCAGUUACAAAGGGCUCCAGAGCUCCAGUUCAAGUGACAAACACCAAGGUUCGUCGAAAUGUCUCAGCAGAGAAAGAGAAUUUUCCUGUGGCCUUGAAAAAGAAAGAAAAUCAGAGCACCCAGGAGUGUGAUUCUCAAAAUGUUGCCAAGACGUGUCUGGGGAAUCGCAGCAACUCGACAUCUCAUUUGAAGGCAGCAGAAACAGAGACAAGCCUUCAGAAGUUGCACAGCCUUCCACGGACUAAAUCCGAAGACAAAAAAUCACCUGGAAGAAAUGAGAAAAAAUCUGAAGAGUCUGUUAGUACAAAAGAAAAAAAACUCUGAACACUACUAACCUACAUUAAAAAUGCCAUUCACUUGCUUCCACCUUCCUGUUCCUUUUUAGUGCAAAGUCAUGAAAUAUUCCAGGUUUCUAAAGCAUGCAUUUUUCACUAUUUUAUGAAUGUUUGUCAAUUAGUCUAGAAUAGACCAAUUAGUACCUUCCAGCCAUAAUCCAAAACAGAUGUUUGAAGAAAUGCUUGAUAAUACAGUCCAGUUUUUGAACUCUUGUUCUACAGGAUCAGUAACUGCAUAGUUUCUUUGUAAACAACAGCCAAUCUCAAGUAUUUUCUCAGUCUGUCCUAUUUCAUGUACCUUUUUGGCAGAUUAGGUUUUUAAAUUAAGAUUAAGGGGCAGCUGGAGGGCGGGGGAGGGGAGAAAUACCUGUGUAGCCAUAGUUGAAGUACAACCCAUAAGUGCAACUGUAAAAAGGGAACUCUGGAUGGGGGUCCAUGUAUUACCUUUCAGUAAUACCAUUUCAAAUCUACUAAUUUAAACAAUAAAAGAUGUUUAUUUGGUU